CCAUACAAUAUGAUUCUCAUGAACUAUUAACCGAUAAUGAAAAAGACUUGUUGACCAAUGAAAAUAUACCAACUACUGCUUGCAAUUUAUUGGGCUUAGAAUUUGAAAAUUCUAAUGAAAACUUGCCUUUAAUCGAUACUCCAUUUGAAAUUAAAGUGGGCACUCAGUUUCUGUCUAUGUUAAUUGUUGUUCAUUUUGUAGAACAGUAUGCACGUCAAAAUCAAUUUGCUGUUUUUAAACAUAAGUAUGAGAAAUUUAAGGAUGGUACUUGUAAAAAACGAGUUUUCAAGUGUGAUUUAGGGGGAAGAUAUUGUGAGAAGUUAUUAACACCAGUGUUGGAUUCAUCAAUAGUAACUGUAACAACCUUUAAUAAUGAACAUAAUCAUGAAAUUUCAGCUGAAACCUUAAAAUUUGCUAUUGCUUACAAAACCUUUACACAAGAAAUCAUAGAUGAAAUCGAGUUUUACGUUGUACAUAGUAGAUGUAAUGCAUCAACAAUUAAAAAUCUCCUUCAACCUAAAUAUCCUGAUUGUGUAUUUAUGACCCAAGAUCUUGGAAAUGCUAUCCAAAAAAUUAAAUGGGAAAAAGGACUAGAUCAAAGUGAUGCAGCAGCUUUGUUGUCAAAACUUUUUGAGCUUCAAGCUCAUGAUCCUGCAUGGUUUGACGAAAGGCAGGAAUCAUAUGAGUGGUUACUUAAAUGCUAUCUAGAUGCAUGUGAAAUUCCUCUAUUAACGUUUGUAACUGAUGCAGAUCCUGCAAUGAUUGCAGCUGCUUCUGUAGAGUUCCUUAAAGACUUUAAGAAUAUUCAGAGUUCUCACUGUGAAAGUGUAUUUGAACAAAGAUCUCAAGUUAAAUGUUUUACGUCCCAGCAUUUUACAGCAGGUACACAAUCGAUACAGCAUGUUGAAUCAGAAAAUGUACUUAUAAAAAAAGCUAUGCAGUCGAGUUUUUCCUUUUUAGAAGUUCAGGAAGUACUUGAGAAGCGUCUUGAAUUUGAAUCGCAAAUGUGUCAGUCUGUUUGCUAUCAUGCUUAUAAAGUGCAAAUGUCAGAAAUUUCAACAUUAGAUGAUGAUUCGUUUGAACCACUUUUCGAUCAAGAAACAGAUGACAGCUCUGAAAUUCCUGUUGAAGCUAACGAGAACUGA